GUGAUUGACGCCUUCAAGAUGGCGGUGUUUGAGAAGAAGAAGGAGAGUAAACUGAAUUUAGAUGACACGCAAUGUUUAACAUGCACUAUCGAAGCAGCUGAAAAUGUACAAGACUUUACGAUUUAUAUUAUUCGAGUGCAGCGAGGUCCUUUUGUAGAUAAUUCAUGGCAAAUAUCUCGUCGAUACAGUGACUUUGAUGCACUAAAUAAUAUGCUGCAAAUAUCGGGAGUUGAAUUACCUCUCCCUCCAAAAAGAGUAUUUGGAAAACUGGGCAGAGAAUUUGUAGCUGAAAGGCAGCAAGGAUUACAACAAUAUAUGAAUACAAUUUUAUCACAUCCAAUGCUAGCUUUAUCAUUACCAGUUAAAAGAUUUUUAGACCCAGAAAAUUAUUCACAGAACUUCUUAGAGAUAGCUCUUCAACAUGUUUCAAUGGUUUUUCGAUCAGAAUUGAGAUGGGAAAUAGUUGAACCUUUUCCAGAUAUAGGAUGGCGAUUAAGGAAAGAAUAUUUUCUUAUUAAACCUAAAGCUGAUGCAAAACAAAGGUUACUGUUAUCUUGGCAACCCUUUGGAAUAGAUAAAAAUCUUGAAGAUAGAGACUUACAAAGUAUUAUGAAGCUUUUAAAUACAAUUCAGCAUCCUCAUAUAUGCCCUGUGAUAUUUGCUUGCAUAAGUGAAAAUGGUGGUCUAGUCAUUCGCAAUUAUCAACAGAAUGGUAGUUUGCGUGACAUGUUAUGUAAAACAAAACCAAAAGGUGUAUUUUUGAAGAAGUAUGCUAAGCCAAAAACUUGUUCACCUCUUCCUCCUAAAUUAAUUCAAGUUUAUGGUCGACAAGUUUUGUUAGCACUGAAAUUUCUUCAUGAAAAAGGCAUUCCUCAUGGCCAUCUACAUGCUGGAAAUGUAUUUAUUGAAGGUAAUACCUGUCAAAUCUCAGAAAUAGAAAAUCAGCUUUUAGGACAACCUGCUUAUCUGCGUCCUUUAUUUGUGCAACUUCGUAAAGUACAAACAUUAGAAGUUAUUGAUGUAUACUCCUUUGGUCAUCUAUUGUAUGAAAUGACAUUUGGAAUUCCAUGUUUUACACCAACUUGUGAUAACUUUCCAUCAUCUUGUCCAGCAGAACUUAGAUCUGUAUUAGAAGCAAUACUUACAAAAGAAGCAUGUAAAAAUGGACUUCCUUCUGUUAUGAAUCUUUUAUCUCAUCCAUUCUUUUCAAUUGCAACAAAUGUUGAGAAGGGACAUUUAAAAAUAUCAUCACAAUUAAAAGAUAGUAUAAAGCUAUCUAUUGAACAAAUGCAUCAACAAUUAAAAGAAGAGCAACGUGUGAUUAGGCAUAGUCAACGACUUUCGAAAGUACAUGCACAGUUGAAUUCAGAAGAAAAUAAGAAAAAACGACAAGAUGAGAGGCGAAAGCAGCAAAAAUUACAAUUAGGUGUGUCUGCAACACAAAAUGGCCCAUCACCAAGUCCUACUACUCCUGAGUCAUUUCCGAAAAGUGCUUCGUCGCCGGCCUUAUCUUCUAUGGUAGUUGGAAAUGCAGUAUCACAACCGCCGCCGCCGCCACCACCACCACCACUCAUUCCAUCGUCAUCGCUGUUCUCACUUUCUACGGCUCCUUCACCACCCCCGCCACCCCCACUACCCCCACCAAUUCCUCCGCCUGUACCGAACGGUGGCAUAUCUCCACCCGCAUCAUCCUCGAGUCUUCCUAAACAGACAUCCGACAGGAAUGCGCUAUUGAAUUCCAUCCAGUCGUUCAAUAAAGGGAAACUUAAAAAAUCCACAGUUAAUGAUCGGAGCACACCGAAAGUAUAAAAUGUCACAUUCCAAACAUUAAAAAAAUGUAUAGAUCCUUAUAAAAAUUGAAAAUCACCGAAGUUAAUAAUCUUAGGUAUGCAAAUAAAUUUCAAAAACGUGAACAAUAUACUAUGCAUUUACAAAGGAUAAGGUUCACAAAUUUUCUAGUUAAUUUACCAAAGCAAGAAAUGCAAUUUAAAUUAUUUUAUAUAAAUGUUAUAAUAUAUAUAUAUAUACACAUAUGUAUCAAAGGAAAAAGGUAAAUGUUAUGUUUAAAAAAUUAUUAUAUUCUUAUAUUUAAUUUUAUUUACAUCACUUAUUUCUACAUUUAUUUUGAAUUUAAGAGUGUCCAUUUCGCACGCGUUAAAUUUUUCUGAUUUAAAAAAGCAUCAACGUCGUUUCUAGAUAAUAAUUCGAUUCCCGAACUCCUAGCAUCGCCAUCAAACUUAUUUAAAUGUAAAAUUUAAUUAUUGCUCCACUGCUGCUCCGAACACAUUUAUCAACGAGAAAUAUAUAAAUUAUAAUGUACACACGAAUACUAUAUAAAAAGAUACGGCAAACCAAGUUUUGUAAUGUAAAAAUACAAAAACAAUUUUGGGAAUUAGAUAUUUAUCCAGUUGCCAACCAUUGUUAAAUAAUAUGAAUGUGCCAUGGAUAACGCUAUUAUUAUAAUGCAUUUUUAUUGCAUAAAAUAUUUUCGUUUAAAUUAUGAGGCAAA